AGAAUGCGCUCCCUAAAACGCGAAAACUCAGGUUCCGCCUUAUCCGUCAGAAGCUCAGAUUCCGAAGGUGAUAGUUACCAUAACAUGGACAUUAAAAAAUUAACUAAUAAAGUUAAAGAAAUUGACAUUUCCGCCUUCGACCGCACAAGACUUUUCAACCCAAGAAAGCAAAGAUCUUGUCACAAAAGAGCUGAACCAGUGUCAGAAGAGCACCGGAAAAAGGAGAGCAGCAAAAACUCCAGGGAGUAUACCAAGAGGAAUCGUGAUGAAAUUGUCACGUGUCAAAAGCUGUUUUCUGAAAUCACAGCCAUUAUGCGGAGGUUCAAACAAUUGACCGAGGAGAUGUCAGUGGAAACAGUGGAAGUUAAGAUUAAAUCCAUGAUCAAAGACUGUCAAGAGAUGCUAACAAAGUACACGAAUUUGGAUUCAAACGACAGAUUUAAUAUUGGAAUUCCCGAGGCUGAAGAUUUUUUGGCAAUUUUCCGCGAGAAAGCGCAUGCAACGAUGCUUUUCGAGCAUCGACCAGAGUCUCCGAAUAUGUACACCGAAAAUCUAUUUAAACUACGCGAGCAAUAUCACAAGCUCACAGACCACAAGGACAAUUUGAAUUCUUCAAAGGACAAAACCAAUUACGCGUCGUCAAAAAGCAGAUUAAAUCAGAGAAUUGUGAGGGAACAGUUGAAAAGUGACUGCUGGGUAUGUUGGAAGAGCAUUAACACAAUGAUGGUCCAAGGAGAGCAACUUCAGGAGUACAACAACGAGCUGAAGAAAGAUAUAUGGAACAACAUCUUAGCUGUCUACCACCAGAUUUUCACCAUGUUCUGUAAAUAUCCAGAAUAUGCAGACAAGGAAAAAAUGGAAAGAAUUGUGGAAUAUUUUGCUCCAGUUUCGAGAACACCAGGGCACCUAUCUGUUGUCUGGAAUCCAAUGCCAAAUGUUGUCAAGUCUCCACGGUCAGAAGAAAUUCCAGAAAUCAAAGUCGAAUAUGAAGAAGUUCCAUCGUCAUCUACCUUCUUAUCUAACAACGAAACAACAAUCGCAAGUGACAUGGAUAUGUCGAUUGAUCGACCGCAAAGUAUGGACAUGUCGCAAACGCUUUCUCCAGAGCAAACGCUUUCUCCUAGAGAGAAGCUUCAAGUGCAAGAUAGAAAGAUCUCAACGACUCAAGAAACUCCUCCGGCGCUGCCAUCACCAUCCGGAACACUCACACUCCCAACAGUUCCAGCUUCGACAUUAAAACGUAAAGAAUUUGGUGACUUGUUGGCCUGUCCAACCGGCAAACGUGUAACUAUUGAUGAACCCAAUCGAGCAGAGCGCACUGAGACAAUUAUGCCAUCUAGACAAAUGAUGUACCCAAUGGUGAAUUACCAAGCACUUCCAAUGCCACCACAAUCAAUUCCAUCAAUGAUUCCCCCAUUCAUCCCUACGAUUCCUUCGACGAGCACAAUGCCUCCAAUGAUGCCGUAUCCAAAUGUUCUACUCACUGCUGCUCCGGGAGACGUUGCCCCAAUCGAUUCACUCACCCCAUCAUUUUUGAGAGCAUUAGAGCAGCAAAAACUAAUGGCAGCAUUUUUAAAUCACGCUUUUCAAAAAUGUCAGAAGUAAUUAAAUUAUUAAAUGAACAUUCAUUGUUCUAACGCAAUCUUAAUAAAAACCGUAUGCUUUCACAAUUAGUUCAGGGUACUGUAGGACUGUCAACUGAUAAUUUUAUAAUCAAUUUGUUUCUAGGGACUUACUCAUUUAAAUAAUCGAUUCAUAUAUUGACUAUCAACAUUACCGGGCUCAGAAAAUUUGAAUUUUCUAUGUUUUCUUUGUUUUCUACUUUAUUGAUUCUGUUCUGUUUUCACUUAACUCACAUUUGAAUUUCACAAAUAAAAAGUUCAACAACG